CCAGCCUUCCAGUUCCAUGUUACUUCCUGCUGCAACUACAACGGGGCUCAUCAAGCGUGGGGGGAUACCACGGAGACUACCCCACGGGCCGUUACCAACGCUGCAGGGGGUCUGAUUUCCGCAUCCCAUCAGGGUACCAGAAUUUCAAUCUUGUGGCUGCCUUGAUCUCAUAUGAUAGCAUUAGAGGAACGCUCUAGCACCCAUUAUCCUGUGCUACAUCAUACCGAAUCCCCACAGCAUAUGGCUGGAUUUGGGGUACCCCCCCUUGCUUACUAAUUUAUGUGGACAUUGCAGAUUACCCCAUGGAUCCUCCAGGUUACGAACCAUCCGAACCCUAAUUUGCCUCCUAGAAUGCUGAUUGGAACACACACCCCUUCUAGUAUUUUGGGUUCACGAAUCUGAAUUAGCCUAUUUAUUUUUUACUGUAUAACCACACAAACUGGGAAUAUAUCCACUGGCUCUUUAUCUUUUUGAUAUGUCGUGUACUGAUUUUAAUUCAAGAUACUGCUGUAAUUGAGUACACUGUUACCCUCUUAAGUGACUUUAAACAACCUAAUUAUUAAGUGUGUGGAGUUUCACCAAAUUACUUAAUUGUUGGACGAACAGAAAACUCUGAUUGGAUCCUGGAUUUUGCCAUCUAUUUUUUUCCUCAAUAAUUAUUUAUAAUGACCUAAGUCUUUUGAGCACAAUUUGGAAUUUCUUAUCUCCUCCUGCAUGGCAUGUUUGGUCUCACCCAAUUCCAUAAAUCACAUUUUGGGGGAUUGGACCCCUGCAAAUACCAUCAUACACUGACUGACUUAUGCUAUUUUCUUGUAACUCUGGGAAAUAAUGGAACUUGAGAAUAUUGUAGCAAACACCGUUUUGCUAAAAGCCAGGGAAGGUGGAGGUGGCAAGCGAAAGGGUCGCAGCAAAAAAUGGAAAGAAAUCCUCAAGUUUCCACACAUUCUUCAGUGUGAAGAGUUGCGCAAACAGAUAGAAAGGGACUAUACGAGUCUGUGUGAGAAGCAGCCGAUUGGACGACUCCUCUUUCGACAGUUCUGUGAAACAAGAGAACAUCUUUCUAAAUGCAUCCUGUUCCUUGACGCAGUGACAAAUUAUGAAAUUUCUCCAGAUGAGAAGAGGAAGGAGGCUGGAGAGGAGAUCAUCAAAAGAUUCUUUACACCAGAGUCUCCAGAUUAUGUACCAGAGAUUACAGAUGCACAAAUGGAAGAAAGUACAGAGAACUUCGAAAAAAAUCCCAGUAAAGACAUUUUCAUCAAAUGCCUCAGCCAUCUCCAUGAGUUCCUGCGAGGGUCUCCUUUCCGAGAGUACCAGGACAGCAUGUAUUUUGACCGCUUCUUGCAGUGGAAAAGUCUUGAAAGACUAACGGUUACAAAGGAUACAUUCAGGCAAUACAGGGUGCUAGGCAAAGGGGGGUUUGGAGAGGUGUGUGCCUGCCAGGUUCGUGCUACUGGGAAGAUGUAUGCCUGUAAAAAGCUAGAGAAGAAGAGGAUCAAAAAAAGAAAAGGAGAAGCGAUGGCAUUGAAUGAAAAGCAGAUCUUGGAAAAAGUGAACAGCCGUUUCGUGGUCAGCCUGGCUUAUGCUUAUGAAACUAAAGAUGCUCUAUGUUUGGUUCUCACCAUCAUGAAUGGAGGAGACCUCAAAUUUCACAUUUAUAAUAUGGGCAAUCCUGGUUUUGAAGAAGAACGUGUAGUCUUCUAUGCUGCUGAGAUAUGCCGUGGCCUUGAUCACUUACACCAAGAGGGCAUUGUCUACAGGGAUUUAAAACCAGAAAAUAUUCUUUUGGAUGAUGAUGGCCACAUCAGAAUCUCAGACCUUGGAUUGGCAAUCAAAAUACCAGAAGGAGAAUCUAUCAGGGGAAGAGUAGGAACAGUUGGUUAUAUGGCACCAGAAGUGAUUAAAAAUGAGCGCUACACGUUUAGCCCAGACUGGUGGGGCUUGGGCUGUUUGAUCUAUGAAAUGAUUGAAGGGCAAUCGCCGUUCCGUGCGCGGAAAGAAAGAGUAAAGCGAGAAGAGGUGGAAAAGAGAGUACAGGAAGACCAAGAGUCCUAUUCAGAAAAAUGUAGUGAAGAUGCUAAAUCUAUUUGUAGGAUGUUACUGACCAAAGACCCAAAGCAGAGGUUGGGCUGUGGGGAACGUGGCAGUGAACAAGUGCAGCAACAUCCUUUUCUCAGGAACAUCAACUUCAAGAGGCUGGAAGCUGGAAUGAUGAAACCAUCCUUUGUGCCUGAUCCCCGAGCCGUAUACUGUAAGGAUGUCCUAGAUAUUGAGCAGUUUUCUACUGUAAAAGGAGUAAAUUUGGACCAAACAGAUAAUGACUUCUAUGCCAAGUUUGCAACGGGUUGUGUUUCCAUCCCAUGGCAAAACGAGAUGAUUGAAACAGACUGCUUUAAAGACCUCAAUGUCUUUGGACCAGACGGAAAACGUUCUCCUGAUUUAGACUGGAGGCAGCUUCCCGAACCCCCCAAACGAAGCUUACUACAGAGACUCUUUCGGAGACAUCAAACCGAUUAUACCUUUGAUGGAAAUGACUCCUCACUCCCAAAUGACACAAACCACCACUUCCAAGGCAGGACAGCUACAGCCAAUGCAGGGUCUUGACGUUGAUUGAAAAUAAGAAGAGAUCAGAGCAAUUCAUGCCAGGCUGUUUUUUUGAUUGUUUUUAUAUAUUUUUUUGUUUUCUUUAAAAACCAUGGAACUAUCAGAGUGUCCUUUGCUGACCCUCCCUUGUUUUCUCAGGUUUAUCCAUGAACUGUGCAAGUGAAAAAUUUCUUUUUACAGGAAAAAAAAAGAUACAUAUAUAUUUUAGGUCUUCAAGACCAAAGGGACUAAUGGAAAUUCCGUAUUCUUACUGGUGGAGAGGCAAAGGACUUUUCAACUCCAUGCAGAUCAGAAAUUCUAAGCUAAGGGAAAUGUACAAGUUGUUUUGUUUUAGUUGUUUUUUUAUUUUUUAUUUUAUUUGUUGAAUUUUUUUUUAUGACUUGUUAAGAUAAAUCUAUAUCAGGCGCCAUUUUACAUUUUGAUAUAAUUUUGAAAUAACUUCCAGAAUAAGGAGUUGUCCUAAAUGAGGGGAUAUUCUGCACCCACCUACUUUACAUCACUUGUCAUUUACGGCAGAUGUUCUAGUAUAGAAUUUCUUCAUGAACAUAAUAAAACACUUUUUUUUUAUAUAUAUAUAUAAGGGAUUAUUAAUGAAUAUGUAAGUAAGAAACAUGUUACUGUUUUCAAGUUUUUAUUUUUUAUUAUGAACAGCCUCGUCUUUGUACAGAAGAUAGAAUUCAUGACCUAGGCAAUAAUACAACCUAAAAUAACCAGAAGCUCUUAAUCUCUCGACCAGAUGUGGGUUAUCUAGCAUUCUCUUAAAAAUAAAUUAAUAGUUCCAUAGAAUUAGGUUUAUUAAGCUUUAAUGUAUCCCGUGUUUAGGCAGUCAGGCCCCCAACAAUUCUUCUCUAAUUUUAGGUGCAUAAAAGUCAUCAUUUUGAAACCACUGUAUAUUUUUUGUGGUUCCCAGAAGUUAGCUUCUUUUAACAAAACAGUAUUUUCAAUUUUAGUGCCAAUAUGCAUAUGGAAGUAGGAACUUAAGAGUUCACGUGAAUGGACACUCCAAAGAUACAAGGAAAGGCUUGAUAUGAGAUCACUACAUCUGCUGUUCAUUGGAUAUCUGAGAUAUGAUGACCCAACCAAAAUUGUUAUAUGAUUAUUAUUGUUAUGGAUGGGGGGGGGGGAGGGAAGGGAAAAGAUGUAUUUAUGGGUAUGGAAAUUCCCAAUUUUGUUUCUCCUCAUGCCCACCAAACAAAAAUCUUUUCCACGCACACCUCUAUGUAAUAACUGUUAUUUGAUAAACAAAAAACACAUGGAAAGUCAACAAGCUACAGAAAUACAGUAUACAUAUACAGAUUUUGUAUUCAAUUAAAGAGUAUCAAAAAGU